GUUUACCUUGGAUAUUUACCUUUAAUGUGAAAUUUUAUCCUCCUGAUCCCUCACAGCUGACUGAAGACAUCACUAGAUAUUUCUUGUGCCUACAGCUUCGUCAGGAUAUUGCUUCUGGUCGUCUGCCAUGUUCUUUUGUGACUCGCGCCCUCCUGAGUUCAUACACCCUGCAGGCUGAGCUGGGUGAUCAUGACCCUGAGGAGCACCGCAGUGACUACAUCAGCGAUUUCCAAUUUACAUCCAAUCAAACUCAAGAAAUGCAAGAGAAAGUAGCUGAGCUACACAAAACACACAGGGGCCUGACUCCAGCACAGGCGGAUUCCCAGUUCCUAGAAAAUGCUAAGAGGCUCUCCAUGUACGGAGUGGAUUUACAUCAUGCCAAGGAUUCUGAAGGUGUGGAUAUCAUGCUGGGUGUAUGUGCUAAUGGACUGCUCAUUUACAAAGAUAGACUCCGGAUCAAUCGCUUUGCUUGGCCAAAAAUUCUGAAGAUUUCCUAUAAGCGAAGCAAUUUCUACAUCAAAGUCCGGCCAGCAGAACCGGAACAGUUUGAGAGCACUAUUGGGUUCAAGCUGCCAAACCAUCGGGCUGCUAAAAGGUUAUGGAAGGUUUGUGUGGAACAUCAUACUUUCUUCAG